CCUGCGGAGACUCCCCGGUUUGCUCACCGGGCUGGGGCUAGGGGCUGCAACUGGGGCUGAUAGCCUGGAGCCUAGGGCGGCCCCGGGCGUGGCACAGAGAAGGAUGUGGCGGGCGGACUAGGCGGAGGUGCUCUCAGGAGGCUGGGCGCGGGCCAGGCGGCUCCCCAGGCUCCGCAGUGCCGCCGCCGUCGCCCGGGAGGCUGGGCGCGGGAGCCAUGUAACCCUGCGGCGGGCUCCGGGCAGCUCCGUCCUUCCCCAGCUCCCGGGCUAGCGCGGCAGCGGGGCCACGAUGAAGAAGCAGUUUAACCGCAUGCGCCAGUUGGCCAACCAGACGGUGGGCAGGGCAGAAAAGACUGAAGUUCUGAGUGAAGACCUUCUCCAGGUAGAGAAGCGCCUAGAGCUGGUGAAACAGGUGUCCCACAGCACACACAAGAAGCUCACCGCGUGUCUGCAGGGUCAGCAGGGAGCAGAGGCCGACAAGCGCUCAAAAAAGUUGCCUUUGACGACACUGGCCCAGUGCUUGGUGGAGGGGUCUGCAAUCCUGGGAGAUGACACGCUGCUCGGGAAGAUGCUGAAGCUCUGUGGAGAGACGGAGGACAAGCUGGCUCAGGAGCUGAUCCACUUUGAGCUGCAAGUGGAGAGGGAUGUGAUCGAGCCCCUGUUCCUGCUAGCUGAGGUGGAAAUUCCAAAUAUUCAAAAGCAAAGGAAACACUUAGCAAAGCUGGUGCUCGACAUGGAUUCUUCCCGGACCAGGUGGCAGCAGACUUCCAAGUCUUCAGGGCUUUCCAGCAGCCUUCAGCCUGCGGGUGCCAAAGCCGAUGCCCUCAGGGAAGAGAUGGAGGAGGCUGCCAACAGAGUGGAGAUUUGCCGGGACCAGCUUUCUGCUGACAUGUACAGUUUUGUGGCCAAAGAAAUUGACUAUGCAAACUACUUUCAAACGCUAAUAGAAGUGCAAGCUGAGUACCACAGGAAGUCUCUGACACUGCUGCAGGCUGUGUUGCCUCAGAUCAAAGCACAGCAGGAGGCCUGGGUGGAGAAGCCUUCCUUUGGGAAGCCCCUGGAGGAGCACCUGAUGAUCAGUGGCCGUGAGAUCGCCUUCCCUAUCGAGGCGUGUGUGACGAUGCUGCUGGAGUGUGGGAUGCAGGAGGAGGGCCUCUUCCGGGUAGCCCCCUCAGCCUCCAAGCUGAAGAAGCUGAAAGCUGCUCUGGACUGCUGUGUGGUGGAUGUCCAGGAGUACUCGGCAGACCCGCAUGCCAUAGCAGGGGCUUUGAAGUCUUAUCUCCGAGAGUUGCCCGAGCCUCUUAUGACCUUUGAACUCUAUGACGAAUGGAUCCAGGCUUCUAAUAUCCAGGAGCAAGACAAGAGACUUCAAGCUCUCUGGAAUGCUUGUGAGAAGUUGCCCAAGGCCAACCACAACAACAUCCGAUACUUGAUCAAAUUUUUAUCGAAACUGUCUGAAUAUCAGGAUGUAAACAAGAUGACUCCCAGUAACAUGGCAAUCGUCCUGGGACCCAACCUCCUUUGGCCGCAGUCAGAGGGGAACAUCACCGAGAUGAUGACCACAGUUUCCCUGCAGAUAGUUGGCAUCAUCGAGCCCAUUAUCCAGCACGCAGAUUGGUUCUUCCCUGGGGAGAUAGAGUUCAACAUCACAGGCAGUUAUGGGAGUCCAGUCCACGUGAACCACAAUGCCAACUACAGCUCAAUGCCUUCCCCAGACAUGGACCCUGCUGACCGGCGCCAACCAGAGCAGGCCCGCCGGCCCCUCAGUGUUGCCACAGACAACAUGAUGCUGGAGUUUUACAAGAAGGAUGGCAUGGGUGUGAGGGUCAUGGACACAUCUUGGGUGGCACGAAGAGGCUCCUCUGCUGGUCGGAAAGCAUCCUGCGCCCCGCCUUCCAUGCAGCCUCCUGCCCCACCCUCCGAGCUGGCUGCACCCCUGCCUUCACCCCUGCCGGAGCAGGUCCCAGACAGCCCUGCCACUCCAGCUCCUGCGCUCUCUCCAUCAGGUGCCAGCCUGCAGCCCACCCCUGAGCGCCCCAGUGUGUCUAAAAGCAAGGAACUGUCGCCAGGGUCUGGGCAGAAAGGAAGUCCAGGUUCUAUCCAGGGGACAGCCUGCCCAGGGACGCAGCUGGGGCCACAGCCGGCUGCCAGCCCCAGCCAGCUUCCUGCAGACCAGAGUCCUCAUACCCUUCGGAAAGUUUCAAAGAAGUUGGCACCAAUUCCUCCCAAGGUCCCCUUCGUGCAGCCAGGGACUGUUUCUGAUCAGCCUGCUGGCCAGCCUUCCCCAGUCAGCCUGUCUCCUACUCCACCAAGCACCCCAUCACCCUAUGGACUGAGCUACCCUCCGGGGUACUCCAUGGCCUCUGGCCAGCUUUCUCCUGCCUCGGCUCCUCCCCUAGCCUCCCCCUCUGUCUUUACAAGCACUUUAGCCAAAUCUCGGCCCACGCCUAAGCCCCGACAGAGGCCCACCCUGCCACCUCCUCAGCCUCCCAGUGUCAGCCUGUCGGCUUCAAGUCCACAGUCCACAGAGCACCCCAUGUUAGACGGCAUGUCGCCGGGGGAAAGCAUGUCUACAGAUCUCGUCCACUUUGAUGUCCCCUCCAUCCACAUAGAGCUGGGGUCAACGCUCCGCCUGAGCCCCCUGGAACAUGCUCGGCGGCACUCGGUGGCUGACAAGAGGGACUCAGAAGAGGAGUCUGAGAGUACAGCCCUUUGAUGUGGCCCACCCCGACAUGUGUACAUAUAUCUCCGGGCCCCGAGACACCACCCAGGGCAGCUCCUAGCCUGCCAAGGAUUUUCCAUCAGCCCUUUGCUGUCAUGUCCAACACCAGGGUGGAGUUAGGCGGAGGAAGAGCUCUCCUGUCCAUGUGGCCUGUGUUGGUGGUGCAGAUUCAGUUUGGGUGAUGAUCCAGCCUUUUUCUUUCUUUCUUUCUUUUUUUUUUUUUUUUUUUUU